UCCCCCUUAAAAGUGGGCGGAGAAAAUUGCGACUCAGACUCUUUGCCUUAUAAAAAGCUUGAGCAUCACUGUGAAUACAGACACAAAAGAUACCAGCGAACAUCAACUGGAUAUUCCCUAUUUAUUACAGACGGUUUAAACGAAGAUUUCAUCAGUACUCUAGUACAGCUGGACAUUCAACAUAAACUGACAAAAUGAGCAACAGUACUGAAGUGGAUAUGAAAGAUGUGGAGCUAAAUGAGGUGGAGCAGGAGAAGCAGCCCAUGACCGAGGGAGAGGCUGGAAAUAAUUAUGCCAUCUCGCCUGUAAGUGAGAAGAAUGGCAUUGUGAAGGUGAAGAUUCCAGAUGAGGAGACUAAAUUCACUGGGUUAUCCAAAGAAGAACUCAUGAAAGUAGCCGGAACACCAGGGUGGGUUAAAGUUCGUUGGGCACUUCUGAUUCUGUUCUGGCUUGGUUGGCUGGGCAUGCUGGCUGGCGCUAUUGCCAUCAUUAUUCAAGCUCCUCGAUGCAAGCCCCUUCCUGAGAUGAACUGGUGGAACUAUGGACCACUGUACCAGAUUGGAGACGUGAAAGCCUUUGCUUCAAACCUGGAAGGUUUGACUGAAAAGGUUCAGACGAUGGAUGAGGUGAAGGUGAAGGGUUUUAUCAUAGGCCCGAUCCAUGUGUCCAGUGCCGACAAGCCCGAGGAUCUGAACUUGACUGAGAUUUCCAAAGAGGCUGGUAAUGCGGAUCAGUUUACAAAACUAAUCCAGGCGGCACACAGAAGAGGUAUCUCUGUUGUUUUGGACCUUACCCCUAACUAUAAAGGAGUAGAGCCCUGGUUUGCCGGUGAUGCUGUCAGCACGUUGGAACUUGAGCCUGCUCUGAGGCACUGGCUAGAAAAAGGUGUUGAUGGGUUCCUCUUCUACGGUGUCGAGAAGGUUUCCACUGCACCCCUUUGGAGGGAUGUAGAAGGCCUUUUCCACAAUCGGACAGAAUCCGAUGGAAAAACUAAAAAGGUCUUAAUUGGGGUUACAGAGAAAUCCUCUCCUGAAGACAUAGCUGCUGUGUUGAACACAACUGGUGUUGACCUGCUCCUCACUGGUGCUCUAAGGAACAGAUCUGCUCUGGAAGUUGCCCAUUCCGUUGAUCACUUGUAUUCCACUUACAAUCAGACCCGGUUGGCUUGGAACAUUGGUGGGCGUAUUGCUGGACACCUGGCUUCAAUAGUGGGGGUUGCCAAAGUCAAGUUGAGUCAACUGCUGCUGCUCACCCUGCCAGGCACACCAGUGUUUAAUUAUGGGGAUGAGAUUGGACUGGAAGAUGAGUUUCCCAAAAACCCAAACAUGGUGUGGAACUUCUCUGACACCACCACGAUUCCGAAGAACAAGCUGGAAGAAAUGAGCACUUUCCGUUCGUUCUUCAAGACUGUGAGUGAAAAAAGAUCGAAGGAGCGCUCUCUGCAGCAUGGAGAAUACUUGCCUUUGUUCAGCUCGACCUUCGCCAUGGCCUAUGUGCGAAAGUGGGACCAGAAUGAACGCUACCUCAUUGCACUCAACUGGCACUCAAAUGAAACGGUCACUUUUCAGCUGAAGCAUGCUGAGAUUCCUGAAUAUGCUACAGUAGUGUUUAGUACUGAUGAUAAAGAUAAUGAUAAAGAGCUUAAACUUUCAGAACUAAAGGUGAAGCCAGAACAGGGUGUAAUGCUGAAGUUUCCUUACAAAUCCUAAAGGCACACUUUAAAUUCGUAGUUAGAGGACAUGGAUUUGGCCUUUGUUACAAUAUGUCAUUUUUAGUACAUAAACACUGGCAUACAGCAUCAGAUUGUACUGUUAAAUGCAUCACAUGCACUGCAUGACUACUAAACAACUCUAAGCUGGUAGUUUUUCUGUUACAUAGCAUACAUUCCAUAGAAAGAAACGUCAUUUUAAUUUAAACCUUUUUUUAUAUAUUUUUUUUUUAGUUUUUCAAAUGUGGAAUUCUGCACAUGAAAAAUGUUCACGUGUCCUAGAGUCAAUCUUAAAUGAUUGUUUCUUCUAUGUAAUGGGGGGGGGGAAGAAGAUGCUUGAAAAUGAAAGCUGUGGACAAUAAAUUAAGUGGAGCAAUUCA